GGACUGCGGAACACAUCACAUCCCGGCCAUAUGCUGCCUGCUUACAGACUACUGGAGGAGUUUUACCAAAUAAUGCCUCGUGUAACAUCAUACUAACUUUUGCAGUCGAGGAUACCCUUGGAGAGAAGUCAUUUUCGGAGAGCAUCACGUUAAGGCUCUCGACAUUCAAGGAGGUUACACGCGUGGAUAUCAUGCCAAGCAAGAAAGUGCUACAAACAGAACAGAUCAACACUACAGAUGAAGCUCCUAAAACAACUUCAGUGCGUCCCAGGAAGAGAAAAGCAGACGUGGCUAUUCAUUUACAAGAUCCAGAUGAAGAGGUAACAGAGAUGACAAGAAAGAAACAAUGUGCAUCCCAGGCCUGCUGGAAUCCCGACACAGGUUACACAAGCCCAUGCAGGCGGAUCCCCACACCUGAUGAAGUCGAGGAACCGGUUGCUUUUGGCAGCGUGGGAUUUACGCAGUAUGCAUCAGAAAGCAUUUUCAUUACCCCCACACGCUCUACCCCUCUUCCGGCUCUUUGCUGGGCAAGCAAAGAUGAAGUUUGGAACAACCUGCUCGGAAAAGACAAGCUUUACCUGCGAGAUACACGUGUUAUGGAGAGACAUCCAAAUCUUCAACCCAAAAUGAGAGCGAUUCUGCUGGACUGGCUAAUGGAGGUUUGUGAGGUGUACAAGUUACACAGAGAAACAUUUUAUUUGGGUCAGGACUACUUUGAUCGGUUCAUGGCCACACAAGAAAAUGUCCUGAAAACAACGCUACAGCUUAUAGGCAUCUCCUGUCUCUUUAUAGCUGCCAAAAUGGAAGAAAUUUACCCUCCUAAGGUGCAUCAGUUUGCUUAUGUUACUGAUGGGGCCUGCACAGAGGAUGACAUUCUUAGCAUGGAGAUUAUCAUCAUGAAGGAGUUAAACUGGAGUUUGAGUCCUUUAACCCCGGUUGCUUGGCUCAACAUCUAUAUGCAGAUGGCCUAUCUAAAGGAGACUGCUGAGGUUCUCACGGCCCAGUACCCACAGGCUACAUUUGUGCAGAUUGCAGAGCUCUUGGAUCUGUGUAUUCUGGAUGUAAGGAGUCUGGAGUUUUCUUACAGCCUACUUGCAGCUUCAGCACUCUUCCACUUUUCUUCCCUGGAGCUAGUGAUAAAAGUUUCAGGGCUGAAGUGGUGUGAUUUGGAGGAGUGUGUACGAUGGAUGGUUCCUUUCGCCAUGUCUAUUCGUGAAGCAGGCAGCUCAGCCCUUAAGACAUUCAAAGGAAUAGCAGCAGAUGAUAUGCACAAUAUCCAGACACAUGUGCCCUACUUGGAAUGGCUGGGAAAGGUUCACUCCUAUCCGCUAGUGGACAUUGAGAGCAGUCAGAGGUCUCCGGUUCCCACUGGAGUGCUUACGCCACCACCAAGCAGCGAGAAGCCAGAGAGCACCAUCUCUUGACUUCCUUCAUGUAUGGAAUAGGACGCAGUGCUGACUGAUGAAUUCAGCUCCGAUUUAACAAAUCAGUGGCAUUACAGGAUGCAUUCACAAGCAUUGGCAUAAGACUCGAGACCAAAAAUGUGUUUUUUUUUUUUUUUUUUUUUUUACAUUUUGUUUCCCCCCUCAUCUCUUUCGCUCUAUGCGACUUGAGAAAAGGAAAUACUUUUAAUGGUCCAAAUGUAUGGUAUUUUAAUCUUUUUUAAAUUUUCAAACAUAGACUACCUGCCAAAAUAUCAGAGCUGUUAUGGCUCUGAUUGCUGCUAAAAAAGGGUGGGUCUGGAGCAGAUGGAAAGAUGACCAUAGAGAUCCCCCCCGACACAAACACGGGCAUGACUCUCUGUGGCUCAGGUUGCCAUUUGGACCAGCAAAAUCCUGACAGGUUGUCAUGGGGACUCGAGUCUCCACUGCCAGAAUAGACCAGAGAAAUCACCAGCUUCAGAAGCUAGGUCUCAGAUUUUUAUAUUUAAGAUUUUCCUCUGGUCAACUUCUGAGUGUUUGUAAACAAAUUUGACCGUACACUUUUUUUAUAGGUUGUUUUUAAAUGAGAUGCUGCUACAUUUCUCUAUAUCAUAUGUUUAAAUAAAGCUGCUGUCUCAGACAGUUUUUAACGUUUACCAUU